AAAAUGGGGAGUGUUUUCACAAGCUUCCUUCUGUUGCUCAUAUGUGUGGCAAUUGGCUCGGCUCAGCACUGGUCGUAUGGCCUGCAACCUGGAGGAAAAAGGGAUGCUGAAAACCUGAUAGAAUCUUUCCAAGAGAUUGCAAAUGAGAUGGACAAACUGGGGGAGCUGCAGCAUUUUGAAUGCAGAGCCGCACACCCGAACCCGUUACGAGGACUGAAAGGAGCCCUAGCAAGUCUGAUUGAUGGGGAGACUGGGCAAAAGAAGAUUUAAAUCUCCAAAAUGAAAU